AUGUACUCAGCAAGUUCCACAGUAUCAGAAUCAGAUGUUGCUCUUUUAGAGCGCAUUCGCCAGCAUCUUCUCAAUGACGAUGACGACUUUGAAACCCUGGCGAAAAUCGCUGAAAAUGUUCAGUUCCAUUGCCCAGAUUCAAGUUUCAUCACAUUCCCUUCACUGGAGACAACAAUGUCCUUGGAAGCAAAUGAUGACGACGCGGACGUCCAUCACGAUCCCCUGAAAGACGCUGUGGGAUUCGAAUCACCCAGCUCGUUGAAUGAGCAACCGGUCGUGGAUUACGGACACGUUGAAGCAAAUGAGGCCAUGCCUGUGGUGAUGCGCGAAUGUGACGCCCAGCCUGGAGGGUGUCUCUACCGGGGAGUGAGGAGGCGGCCGUGGGGGAAGUAUGCCGCGGAGAUUCGGGACCCAAAGAAGAAUGGUGCAAGGAGGUGGCUCGGAACUUACGAGACACCACAGGAGGCUGGGUUGGCUUAUGACCGGGCAGCGUUUGCAAUGCGUGGGGCCAAGGCCAGGCUAAAUUUCCCUCACUUGAUCGGUCGCGAUGAGGUGGAGCCCGUGAGGGUCACUCGGAGGCGGCACUACUCACCUGAGGCUGGGAGCGGCUCGCUGGAUUCAAAGUGCAGAAAGGAGGACUCGACUGGCUUGGCCGGUGACCCUGAGGAACUUAAUGGCUAUGUCAUGUCGUUUCAACAGAUUGGAACUUGA